CAACAAUUAUUAUUAUUAUUAUUAUUAUAAUUAUUAUAAAGAUAUUACAAUAUCCAACAAAGAAUUGAACUAGAGGUCAUAUAUCUCAGUUUCUUGGUUUCUCUUCUCCGGCUGCCUAUAAAAUCUAGAGUUUGAAUUCAAAAUCCUCCUUAUUUAAAAAAUAAAAGUACUGAAUGAUGAGAAUAUCGUAAUAGUAUCAGAACCUCUCCAGUUUACUCUCACAAUGCUGACUUGCUUGGCAUUCCUAGAAUUUCCAAAAUUAGAAUUGGAGGCGGAGCCUUUAGCUUUCAGGCAAGUCUCCAGUUUGGAUUCGGGAGACGGAUACUUUCUCUACUUUUGUAAAUGUUGCUUUUUGAGAACCUUUAUCAUGAGCUGACCCUGAACCAUGCCUUGGUCAUGCUCCUUAGGCUACAUUUCUUCUCCACUCACCUCUCACUUGCCCAUGUGUUUAUAUGCAGCUACUGCAUGUUGUUACCUUUGUCUUCUCUCCCAUAGGCUGUUUGUCCUCGCCUCUCGUCUUCUCCUUUUUCCCCUCCCCUUUCUCUCUCAGGAGUUUUCUUCAUGUUAAAGAUGAAUUUUUCCUUCCCGCUGUGAUCAAGUGCUUGCUUAUAGGUUGUUGUCUGAUCUUUACCUCACAAUAUAAAGCAUCUUGAAGUGACUGCUGUGACACUUUAUAAUAGAAACUUAAUUGAACAGUCAGGUUUUGUUUUGCUUCUGGUUAAAACAUAAAGUAGCAUUUUAUUUGUAUAUGUGUAAUAUAUAAAGUGUGUUUUGUGUAAAAGGGGUUAAAAUAUCUAGCUCUGAAAUAUCUGGCAUUUUUAACUUUUACAAUGAGUUGGAAUAACUUGCAUCUUGCACUGCUGCCACUGAUGUACAUAGGUUUAAUUUUUUAUAUACAUUUUCUUUUUAUAUUUCUUAGACAUUUUUUAUGUUAAGGUGAGAGAGAAACUGUCUUUCUCUUUGUCAGGAUGACAUGUACAAAGAAAUCUGUGAGUCUUUGAAUCUUGAAUCUAAUUGCUAGCAAAUAUCACUAAAAUCAACAUGUUUAAAUCCUAAUUAUUUUUUUAAAGAUGCCAUAUUAUAUAAUUCCAGUUCUAAAUGACUCUAUAUUUAAAUAUAGCUGGGGUCAUAAGUGACGCCUCUCAGUCUCGACUUGAAGGUUAAAGAGAAAACGCCUCUUGUAGCAUAUCUCACUUAACGUGCGAGGUAUUAUGCAACAUCCCAUAUUGUCAUCUCCACCGCCGUCCAGCAGUGCAGAACUUUAGCAGUCGUGCAUAUAAUUCCAGUGAUGCCACCAGCAUUGCUCACAUUUCACAUUUUUCCGUCUUUAACGGGAAAACUGAGGGAACUUCCUUUUUUCUUUCCAAUUUUGGCUUCCAUGAUAAAAAUCAAGCAGCACAGGCCUCUUCUUCUCUCUCUUUUUCUAAACCGCUUAUUCGCCUUGAGCUUGGUUCGAGGAAACUUGCUGAAGCACUUCAAUGGAUGUUUUCGUUAAAUAAUCAUGACCUCAAUAGUUUUUGCUGUGAUGGAGCAACCAUCCACCAUACACGAGUGACCAUUUGCAUCCUCAUGCACAAGGGGCUGAGCAUGUGUGGUAUAACUCAUGUUAUGGCGCUGGGAUAGCUGUAAAGUGUGUGUUUGCAGUACUACACACAAGACAACACAAGUAAGUCCACUGAGUGUGGAAGCCACAAAGCCCUGGCCUGUGUAAUUACAGCCUCUUUGCUGAUUGUGUAAACCUCUGGAGUAUUUGUUCUGCAAAGCUCUAUAUUUUACACUAGGAGGCUUUGCUUUUCCACAUUCCCCAACGAACUCGUGUUCUGGAGCCUUCUUGCCUCCGUCGGUUGGUGUUUGUUAGUUUGUUUCGAUGAUGCACCGUUGAAGAAUUUUAGUUAUGAAUUUUAGUUAGGCCUCUGCAUUCAUAGUGAAACUCAAGCACAACAAGGUGACCUGGAGUCGAUAGUCAGUAGUUUGCAUAUUGAAUAGCCAACAGGAGUGGCCUCUCUAUGAAAGCAAAACAAAUAGAAUAUCCUGCUGCCGAGCACACUGCAGUCCUCAGCGUGAAUGAGUGAAUAUUCACCUACUAUGAAUGGUUUCACCUUUGCUACCUGUUUGUUUGUUUUUUAGCAACCGUAGAAGUCUGUUUAUUAAGAUCAAUUAAUAAUUCACACCUGGUGCUCUCGCUGACCUCAUGCCGGCUAUUCCACCUGGCUGAACCCAAGUUGGCAUCUAACAUCUGUUUUGUUUCUCAAGUUUUAUAAUACAGACACUGAUCUGUGGAUGAGGGAUUUAGGAAGUAAUAAGCUGUUGGAUAGUGUUUUCUAGUAGCUUCACCUCCUCUUUGUCCCCCUUCCUCCUCAAUGAUUUGGGUACAUGUCACACUGAACACUAAAAAAAAGGGGAAAAAAGGCUACAACACGCCCAUGCUGUGGGGCAUAUGUAAAUGUUAACCAUGGAACAGAGAUAACAUCAGGCUCUCUGUUGCCAUUUCCUGAUCCCGAGAAACGGCCUGUGUAGGCACAUCAGGACACUUACACGAAGCUGGAAGAUCCAUAGUGCUGCAAACACCCCGUCAAUUAUUAACAGGCCAGUGCUCUCAUUCCUCCAAUGUAACCAUGGCACCGAGCAGACAGAAACUCAGCCGGUAGCCUGGGAUCUGCUCCUGCCUUGUGGGAAAGUAAGACGCGCACAUACCGCUGACAGCGGGAGCAAGUGGACCUGUUUGACUUUAUGAGCCUGUCACGAAGGAAACUAUUGGGCAGACGGACCUAUGGAGCGAUCUUCACAUGACUUCUCCAUUGGAAGCAGAGGGAUGACAGUUGCUACUUUUAUUUAUUUUUAAUUUUUAACUUCUGUUUUUCUUAGUUUUCUUUUUAUGGCAAAUUAAUGUUUGUCGUGAAGAGGCUUGCAGACCUGCAUCAGUGACCAUGUGUGACUGAGACACAGACACAGGAUUAUUAACAGAUUUGCAGACAGCUGGAGAUCUUUGGUGUCUGUGAAUGAGUGGGUCAGCACUGUUAUCAUUAUGAAGUUGACCGAGCGACUCAAACGGCUGAAGCACUUGGGCUCUGUGCCUCCGGAGCCUCCGCCACUGCUGGUGGUGCCUAAACCAGGCAUGGAGGAGAUAACAAUAUGGGAGCAACAUACAAUAACACUAAACAAAGAUUCCAAACUAGGAUUUGGUUUUGCAAUAUCAGGAGGCAGGGACAAGCCGCAGCCCGAUGGGGACACGUCAAUUCUGGUGUCAGAUGUGCUGCCAAAUGGACCAGCCAUGGGACGACUGUUCACCAAAGACCAAAUUGUCAUGGUCAAUGGCGAACCUAUGGACAACGUCCAUUCUAACUACACCAUUCAGACCCUGAAGUCUUGCGGCAAGACUGCAAACAUAACAGUGAAACGUCCUCGUAAGAUCCAGAUCCCAGCAACCUCAUCCACCAGACCCACUCGGGCAGCCUCGCACUCCAACUUGCUGGAUGCGGACCCUCCGAGACGGCAACGACGCCACUCUGAUGGGAGUGACAACAUGGACUCCAGCCGCUACGGUGACGAUGACCGCUAUCGUGCUGAUGACCGUUAUCGCACCAACAACCGUUACACACGCCGAAGCCCCACGCCCGAACGCAACGGGCUUGCAAACGCCGCGCCGUUGAUUUCAUCGGGGUACAAGAGGCUGCCGCUCAAAAAUGUUUCAGAAAAACCCAUCAGAACUACUUUGAUUAAAAAGAAAACCACAGAUGAGUAUGGACUGAAACUGGGCAGUCAGAUCUUUAUCAAGCACAUGACAGAAACUGGCCUAGCUGCAAGGGAAGGCACCCUGCAGGAGGGCGACCUCAUUCUCAAGAUCAAUGGCAUGACAACAGAGAACCUAUCCCUGCUGGAGACCAAGCACCUGGUGGAGAAGAGUAGAGGCAAACUGACCAUGACGGUCCUCAGGGAUGACCGUAGAUUCCUGGUCAGCAUCCCAGAGGUGGAGGACAGCCCCCAGAACAGCAAUGAUGAACGUCGCAAAGACAGCAGCUCAGAGCUGGAUGAAAUUUCAGACAUUGAUGAGGACGUUCCAGCCCACAGGACACGUCCAAGCGCCAAGGAGAGGCGGACACGCAGAACAAAAGCUGAACCUCCACUGCCAAAGUCUCGGGAUCAAUCGCCUGUGCGCUCCACCUUAUCCCGGCCACCUGUAAAAGCCUACGCUCCUCGCCGAGCUCCGUCUGAAUCUGAGUCCGACCACAGUGCAUCUCCUCCUCCUCCUCCUCCAGUCAGGAGAGAGAGGGACAGGGACAGCCUGGACCAAAACAACAAAUACAAAUCUCUGUCAGGAGUCUCCACCCUCCCCAACCCCAAAUCCUCUCCUGUUGCUCACAACUGGACUGCACCCGUCUCCGCCUCCUCCACUUCCUCACGCCCUCGCAGGCCGGUGUCGGAGUCAGACUCUGACCCCGAAGGUUCCCCACCCCCACGCAGAGAUGGCCCUCGUCUGGACAGUAGAUACAAAGUUCUGCCUGAUCGUUACGCAGGCCGGGUAUCUUCCCCCAUCGUUGUUCGCCAAGAUCCACCAAGGAGGGUCAACUCACCUGUGAGAGGCCCGCCUCCAGAUUCUGACUCCGAGUCGGAUGGCUUCUCUGAGCCUCCUCAGAGGCGUAGCACCACAUACAGUCAGGACUCUCUCAGCAGAUACAGGGUCCUGCCAGAAGUUUCCCUGCAGCCAGAGGUGGAACCACCAAAAUGGAGCACUGCCAACAAUCCACCACAGAAAGCGAAUUCGGACUCUGAAUCAGAGGCCAGUUAUGCGCCAGUCCCCAAGAGGGAAUCCACCGGCAGUAAAAACUCAGCAGCCAGAAAUAGAUACAGAGUGCCUACUUCAGUGCCUGUAAAGCAGGAGCCUCCUCAUCGAGCCCCAUCGCCCACUAGACCGCCUCCAGAUGAUUCCUCUGAGUCAGAUGAGCUUUCACAUCUUAGGAGGUCUGGCAGCUCUGAGCGGGGGAACAGUCAGCGCAGUGCUCCUCGUGCUGCAAAUGGAAACGGCACCAUCAGGUCUGGGAUUUCAGUCAAGAACAACCCGCCCAUCUACUCCAAACCUGAAGAAGAGCCCCUCUAUUUCCUGCCUCCAGAUUCAUACCCAUCAUCUAUUCCAGGGUACAGCUCAGAUGUGAAGACAGUGUCAUUUAUAAAGGAGAGCAGUUUGGGUCUUCGACUCGUGGGAGGCAACGACGUUGGGAUCUUUGUAGGUGGAGUCCAGCCACACAGCCCUGCGUAUGAACACGGGAUGAAGGAGGGAGACCAGAUCAUGCAGGUUAAUAAAGUUGAUUUUGGCCAUUUCACACGAGAAGAAGCUGCCAACUUCCUCCUUGAGCUCAGGACAGGAGAACGGGUGGAAAUCUCCACGCAGCAUAAGAUGGACAUUUACAAAAAGAUCCUCAAGUCCAACCUGGGAGACAACUUCUACAUCCGCACACAUUUUGACCAUGACCCCGAUAGCCCCAUUGGUCUGGGCUUCACCAGAGGAGAGGUGUUCAGAGUGGUGGACACAAUGCAUCGUGGAAAGAUAGGCAGCUGGUUGGCUAUCCGCAUGGGGAAUGACCUGCACGAGAUGGACAAGGGCACUAUCCCAAAUCAGAUCAAGGCAGAGAAGAUGGCCAACAUCGAGAAGGCACAGCGGGCAACCGGAGAGAGGCAGGCAACCGGACCGAGAGCCGAAUUCUGGAAACUACGGGGGCUCCGAGGGAAUAAGAAGAACGAGAAGAACAUGCGACGGAGUCGCGAAGACCUGCUGCAGCUCACCAUUCAGGGCAAAUUCCCAGCUUAUGAGAGAGUCCUGCUCAGAGAAGCUAAUUUCAAGCGGCCCAUUGUUAUUCUGGGACCUCUUAAUGACAUUGCCAUGGAGAAGCUGGCACGAGAGAUGCCUGAUGAUUAUGAAGUGGCAGAAAUGGUUCCUCGCAGUGGAAGUGCAGAUGGCGGCUCCACAGUUAUUAAAUUGGACACUGUGAGGAGAAUAGCAGAGAAGGAUAAGCACCCUCUGCUGGAUAUCACUCCCACUGCAGUGGAAAGGCUCAACUACAUCCAGUACCACCCGAUGGUUUUGUUCUUAGACCCUCACAACCGCAAGGAUGUCAAGACCAUGAGGCAGAGGUACAGCCCCAAAUCCAGCAAGAGCUCCAGACGCCUUUACUCACAGGCCAUCAAAAUGAGAAAACACUGCAGCCACCUUUUCUCGGCUCGAGUGGACCUGGAUCCCAGCUCCCACUCUUGGUAUGAAAGUCUAAAGAAUAAGAUUCGCCAUGAGCAGACCAAACCCGUCUGGGUGUCUGAAGUCACGUUGGAGAGUGGUGGAGAACAAGAUUUGGAUGCUUUGGACCAGAACCAGACUGACUACCUCAGUGCUGCUAGUGACCUGGAGGACACCGAUGGAGAGGGCUUCACAGACGACGCCUACACUGACAACGAGGAACUGGAGGAGGCUUACCCUGGUCAGAAUACAGCCAAGGUCCCAGGGGGCUCCAGGGUAGCUGGAGCUGCUUUAGCUCGAUCAUCCGAGCCAGCGUUUGAACACCACAGCCCCUCUAUAGAACCCGAGGAAAGCGAUGACGCGUACGGAGUCAGAGAAGUCCCGCCAAUAAUGCACGUACCUGAACCCAGGUCACCUCGUCAGACGAAUUACAGCCCGCCGCAGAGCGAUGCCGAGGAGGAAGAUCCCUCUCAUCGCAGUUUUACAGACUCAGAUUUCAGCGCUCUUGAUGUAGCUUCACACGCCGCUCCGUCUGAAGGACCGCCAGAUUUUAGAGCCCCCGACCCCACAAGCCAGUACUCAGUGGACGAGCCUUCAUACACAGAGGAGGAGCCGGAGAGCUUCCAACACGCCAGCCUGUCUGCUAUCGAAGACAGAUUAGAGCAGGCUCGCUCGGGAGAGGAAGAGCCCAGAGAUGAGCAAAAGAAAGCCCCACAAUUCAUCGUGCUCGCACAUCACCACCAAGCAGUCCAGUUCAGACGCACACAGAUCCAGGGCAGCGACAGCUCUGAGGAUGAAUUUGACGAUGCGGAUGAUAUGGAAUGGGGUCCCGCAACUGAGCUUUAGAUGCCGAGAGGACUGAUGCGGCUUUUCCUUGUGAUCUACAAAGGACAUGGAAAUGAUUUCAUUCCCGCACUGAACUCUGUUAUCUUGGAUGGUAUUGUCAUAGUGUUUUUAAAUUCAUGUAAAGGGAGCCUCGUUCAGGUGUCACUGUAGCCUUUUAUGACAACUGCAAGUUUUAAAGUCACCAAAAAUCCUCUCAGAAGAAUGUUGAGAUCAAAGUGCCUGAUUUUUUUUAUUUUUUUUUCCCAGUGGUUUUUUUUUUUUUUUUUGUAUUUAUAAAAAACAAAACAAAACUCUGUGAAACGAAUCAAUUUCAAAUAUGUGUUUUAUAAGAAAUCAUAUGAAAUAUGCAUCAUUUUAGGAAUAGCAAGGACAUUUAUACUUUAGAUUUUUCUACAUUAAACUGUUUGUUCUUCUGAUUUUAAAAUGGGUUUGUUUGAUGAUGCAGGACGAGGAAAACGUACUUGAUCAGCUUCAUUUUACCAAGCUGUCACUAAAAUCACUCAUAUUAACAUAAGUGAAACUGUGAAUAUUACAUGUGUUACUAUGGACAUUCACUGGAUAGUAAGAGUAAAAGAUUGGCACACUAUUUAAGUUACCACUGACUGUCAGAGGCGUCAAAGGACCCGGAUUCACUUUGUUGUUGUUGCUUUUUUUUUUUUUUUUUUUUUUAAAUGUAUAAUAAA